UUGCUCUGAGGGGAAGAGGCCCGCGGUCGCGGGGCUUGCCGGAAGUUGCAGUAAGUGCUGGCUUCGGGUUGGGGGCGUGGAGGGUCCAGGUCGGUUGUCUUCAUGUCGCCGCUGGCCCUCCCCGGGCCGCAGAGGAGCCGUUAUCGGCUGCGAUUAAGGACCGUUACCAUCCCGAGGACCCUCUGAGAAACCAGACUGCGGGCCUUCUUCGGCGGGCUGCUGGACGGCCCCGACCUCCGGGAAGGCGGCGGACUGCGGUGUGCAUUCCCCUACCCGGAGUCGCCCCGCCUCGGCCUCCAGGUCCUGUGGCCCUGUCCUGUGGGCUGCCAGCGCCAGCCUUGCCUAUUAUCCGGCGACCCCGGCCCCUGGCUUCUGGGCUGGUGACUUCCCCAGCCCUGGAAGAUGUUCCUGGUGGGCUUGACAGGGGGCAUUGCCUCAGGCAAGAGCUCUGUGCUCCAGGUCUUCCAGCAGCUGGGCUGCGCCCUGAUCGAUGUGGAUGUCAUCGCCCGCCACGUCGUCCAGCCAGGGUACCCUGCUCACCGGCGCAUCGUGGAAGCCUUUGGUACCAAGGUCUUACUGGAGAAUGGUGACAUCGAUCGCAAGGUCCUGGGGGACCUUAUCUUUAAACAGCCUGACCUGCGGCAGCUGCUUAACUCCAUCACCCACCCCGAAAUCCGCAAGGAAAUGAUGAAGCAGACCUUUAAGUACUUCCUCCAGGGGCGCCGCUAUGUGAUCCUGGACAUCCCGCUGCUGUUCGAGACCAAGAAGCUGCUCAAGUACUUGAAGCACGUCAUCGUGGUGUACUGCAAUCGAGACACACAGCUGGUACGGCUGAUGGAGCGGAAUGGCCUGAGCCUUGAGGAUGCUGAGGCCCGCAUCCAGGCCCAGCUGCCCCUGAAGGACAAGGUGCGGAUGGCCAACCAUGUGCUGGACAACUCAGGCAGGUGGAGCGACACACGACGGCAAGCCAUACUCCUGCACAUGCAGCUGGAGCAGUCCCUGGAGUACCUGCCGCUGCGGCUCGGCAUGCUUGUGGGGCUGGCUGGCAUUGCCAGCCUCCUCUACCUGCUCGCCCGCUGCCUGCUGCCUUCUCCCUAGCUGGGUGCAGCCACUGCUUGCCCUGGGUCUGGCCGGCCAGCCCUCCUCCUUCCUGCCCCGGCGCCCACUCUGGCUCCUGCGAUACAGGCUGCACUGGUUAGACUGGGGCGAAUGGCUUGUGGCUCCAUGGCCUCCUGGGGUCUGAGGGCUCCCGGGCUUGAGUCCUCCCUUGCUCCUGCCCCAUCAAAGCCAGAACCUGCAUGGACUGGGGAAAAGCCUUUUGGACGAGUGCUUCCGCUCCCAGGGGUAGGGAGGCUGUGGCCAGGCAGCCACUCCCCACUGGCUGCCACCAGGCCUCCCCUGCAGUGACUACAGCCUGAGCUCUGAGCACCCACAGGCCCUGCUGCUCCUCACCCUGUGCCUCCCUCCAGGUGCCCUGGCCUGGGACACCCACUGCCAUCUACCCCUGCCUGCCUCAGUGGCUAACCCAGCGCCUGGCUGACCCGGUGCCCUGGGAGCCACUCUGCUGUGUUUCCCAUAAUCCAUGGGUGUUACCAACUCAGAGCCUUGGCUUCUGUGGACUGUGGGCCUCGUGGCUGCUCCUGCACAGAGCCGGCUUCUUGGGGUGGUCAAUAAAGUGUGGUCCAGACACUGAGGUUGCAGCCCUGGUGGGUGACGGUGUGGGGUCCCCUGCCCACUUCAUGCACUGCAGCCCCGGCCCAAGAGCACCUGCCAGGGCGGCAGGGUGCACCCUAAGCGUCCCAGCCAAGUCAGACUGGAGUGGGUGCCCUCUGGCAGUGCCUGAGCCUGCUGCUGUGUGGUCCUUCGCCUGGCUGCCUAGUAAGGCCAGAAGUGAACAUGACGAAUGUGCCUGCCGCAGUGGCCACAUUUAAUGUCCCUUUCCAGCCCCACGCACACCUUGGAGACAGUUCAUUAACUCCCCGUGAGCCCAAGGAGCAGAGAGGCUGGGCUCUCCGGGAGCUGCAGGACCAGGAGCGGAGGUAUUGAAGGGACUCCUCUAGUGCCUGUGGGUGCGCCAGCUGCGCCGCUUGUGGGCCACAGGAGGUGGAAGGCUGGGCCCUGGAAGGAGGACUCCACUUGGGUCACAGUGCUGUACCUGUACCUCUUAGGGGCAGCAGGGCCUGGGGGUGGGUGGCCCAGCUGUCUCCUGUGCUGUGACCUCCGUCUCAAGUAGCCUUUGUGAUGCUCACGUCGUGGGACCUCCUACGUGGAGGAUGGAGAAACACGUGGCAGCUGAACUCCCAAAGAAUCCACCAAGUUUGCAGCUGCUUGUCACGGUGUGGCCCCAGGCAGCCCGCUGUUCCCAAGCCACUGUGUAGCCAGCAGAUGGCAGCAGGCACCCGGGCUGACGCCCCCUGGGCAGCGCAAGUCUCAGCCUCUGUUCUGCUGCCCCCUGUCCUGGGCACCUUAUCUCGGCCCGGGCCCCCUAGAACCAUGUGUGCCCAGCCCAGCUGGCCCAAGGGAGCUGGCAGAGUCUUGCAAUUCACAAUCUUGCCAAGUGGCCCCCAGACAGGUAGCCACCAGCUCGGUGUUCCUCCCUUGACUCUUGGGCAGCCAGUGGCCAUCCUAGGUGUUCGCCUCCGUCCUUGGGGGACACGGGAGGAGCAGGAUGGCUCCUUUUCCUGCCUCCCCGCAACCCAGGCUGCACCCGGCUGGGCCGGCACCUCCUCCUUCCCACUGCCUUCCUCACCACUCAGAUUCCAAUGCAAUUCCCAGCUAACCAGCACGUCAAUAAACAAGUCGGCCGCACAGUGCCAGCCAAUUACAGGAAAUCAUUCCACUCCACAGCUCAGCGCUCACCCUUGGGAGGGAGGGAAGGAGGCUGGUGGGAGGUGAGGGGCUCCAAGAUGUCCAGCCCCAGGCUCUGCGCCAGACUGGCUCCUGUGCUGGGAGGCUCAGGCCUCAAGCCAGAGAGAGGAGAAGAGCCGGGGAGAGGAAGACACUGGGGGCCGAGGGCCCUAGGGGUGCGCAGGGGAGGCCUGUGCAGACGCUGAGGAGAGGAGUGGUCGAGGGCCCGGAAGCCAGGGAUCUUCGAGACCUACACCCCACGUGGACCGCACCGAGGGGCUCCUAGGACCAGGGUGCUGGAGGAGAGUAGCGCCAGCUGUCUGCAUGCAGGUGGUUGGAGUGCAGGCGGGGACAAGAUCUCCUCACUCACCUUCCAGUCCCUCCUCUGGCUCCUAAGCAGUGUCCACUUGGUGCCUGGCUUCUCAGCUCUUUGUGGGGCUGAGGCAGGAGGAUCUCAAGUUCAAGGCCAGCCCAGACAAUUUAGACUGUCUUAAAAAAUAAAAGGGGCCAGAGCAUAGCUCAGCGGGAGCGUGUGUGGUAUGCAGGAGACCUGGUUCCAAUGCAGGCUCCACCUAGCGGAAAGACCUUGAGUCCCCACACUUGCCCCCGUCUGAGUCCUCCCUUCCCAUCCCCCCACUGUCGCUGUCCCAGAACUGCCUUCCAGUGAGCAGCUCUCCUUGCCCCCACCACAUGGGUGAC